AUGGCAACCAUAACAGCAACCUACCUCAGCAAUGUAGACACUCGAAAGUCAUCUGGGCACAGUCCUGGUGCCACAAACACCGUCAACUUUAGCCAGAUGGAGGCAACAGACCCCAAUGCCAAGGGCGUUGAGCAAAACGGUGUUGAAGUCCAACUUCAGAAGAUACCAACACCUCCCGUCUUCAGUGACAUGUAUGAGAAGCGAGAGUAUCUCAAGGGCCGCCUCGCUCUGGCAUUUCGUCUGUUUGGAAAGUUUGGUUUCGAUGAGGGUGUCGCGGGCCACAUCACGCUCCGGGACCCAGUGAUGCCGGACCAUUUUUGGGUCAACCCUCUCGGCCGGGCUUUCGCCCUCAUGCGGCGCUCUGAUCUCAUCCUCGUGAACAGCGAGGGCGAAGUCGUGGACGGUGGACCCAACAGGCUGCUCAACCGGGCGGCUUAUAUGAUCCAUCACGCCGUCCACGCUGCGAGGCCGGACGUGAAUUGCGCCGCUCACUCGCACAGCAUCCACGGCCGUGCGUUUGCCACCCUCGGUCGCCCAAUCGACAUGCUUACGCAAGACGCAUGUGCCUUUUGGCGCGAUGUGGGUGUCUAUCGCCAGUUCAAGGGCGCUGUCCUCGCAGCUGAGGAAGGACGAAAUAUCGCGCGGGAUCUUGGCAACCGGAAGGCUUGCAUUCUGCAAAAUCACGGCCUCCUAACCUGCGGGUCAACCGUGGAGGCUGCCAUCUUCUGGUUCGUGUCGCUUGAGAAAUGCUGCCAGGCCCAGCUCAUGGCCGAGGCUGCGGCUACGAAGCCGAUACCCAUCGACGAGGAAGACGCUGAAUUUACGUACAAGAGUGUUGGUUUGGGUGGUGUGGGAUGGUUCAGCGCCCAGCCUAUGUUUGAUGUGCUCAGUGAAGAAGUUGGAGAUGCUUAUUUGAAAUAG